AUGGAAACACAACUCGCUGUGAACAAGGGAAGCAGACCAAAAGUAGGAAAGAAACAAAACAUGUGGACCGAGGGGAAAGCCAGAUCUGCUGAGCUGUCUGAUGAUAGUGAAGAAGAAGGAGAGAAGCCAAGAAGUGGUGUGAAGAAAGCUGAAAAGUCGAAACAUGUGGAGAAGAAGGCUCCAAAGGCUGAAUCUGAGAGAAAUGGCAAGAUGGGGGAUAUUGGUGGGAAGAUUGUAGCAGCAGCCUCUCGCAUGAGUGGACGGUCCAAAAGCAAGCAGAAUGGUCAUGGAAAAGAGACAGCAAAAGCUGUGAAAUCCAGCAAGGAGGUUUCUGAAACAAAGAAUCUGAAACAGAAAAGGCCUUCAUCUUCAUCAGGAGCUGGCAAUGCCAAAGUGAAAAAACCGAGGACUUCCUUGGAGAAGAUCAAAAGCAGCUACUCUGGUGGUGAGGAUGCUGGUGAUGAUGAUGAUACAUCUGAUGAGGAGGCGAAGCCCAAGGUCUUGAAACCUAGCAAGAAGGUUCCUGAAUCAAAGAACCGAAAACAGAAAAAGCCCUCAUCUUCAUCAGGAGCUGUGAAUGCCAAGGUGAAAAAGCAGAGGACUUCUUCGAAGAAGAGUAAGAGCAAUGACUCUGAUGGUGAGGAAGGGGGUGAAGAUGAAGAUGAUGAGGCCAAGCUCUUGGUGAGUCUGAAGCAAUCUCCAGAGAGGAAGAAGGAGAAAGAGGGAGGAGAAGAAAGUUCGGGAAAUGAAACCGAAGGAGAAGAAGAGUCUGCUUAG